CGCCCACAGUUCAAACUGGAAAAAUGGCGGGGGCUUCUGAGUUGGUGGUCCUUGACCCUCCAUGGGACGGGGAGGUAGUGGCCGGGACAGACAACCAGGCCUUGGUCCCUGCCAUCUCCCGAGAGGACUUUCGGGUGCGCUGCACCUCGAAGCGGGCUGUGACGGAAAUGCUACAACUCUGCGGUUGCUUUGUGCAAAAGCUCGGGGACGUUCUGCCGGAGGAGAUUCGGGAGCCCGCGCUGCGAGAUGCGCAGUGGACUUUUGAAUCAGCUGUGCAAGAGAAUGUCAGCAUUAAUGGACAAGCAUGGCAGGAAGCUUCAGAUAAUUGUUUUAUGGAUUCUGACAUCAAAGUACUUGAAGAUCAGUUUGAUGAAAUCAUAGUAGAUAUAGCCACAAAACGUAAGCAGUAUCCCAGAAAGAUCCUGGAAUGUGUCAUCAAAACCAUAAAAGCAAAACAAGAAAUUCUGAAGCAAUACAAUCCUAUCGUACAUCCAUUGGACCUGAAAUAUGAUCCUGAUCCAGCCUCUCAUGUGGAAAAUUUGAAAUGCCGAGGGGAAACAAUAGCUAAGGAGAUCAGUGAAGCCAUGAAGUCCUUGCCUGCAUUAAUUGAAAAAGGAGACGGAUUUUCCCAAGUUUUAAAGAUGCAGCCUAUUGUCCAGCUUCAGAGGAUCCACCAAGAAGUCUUUUCCAGUUGUUAUAGGAAACCAGAUGCUAAAUCUGAGAGCUUUAUUGCACAAAUAGAAACCACACCAACGGAGACUGCUUCCAGAAAAACCUCCAAUGUGGUAUUGAAAAGGAAGCGAACUAAAGACUGCCCCCAAAGAAAAUGGUAUCCUUUGCGGCCAAAGAGAAUUAAUCUUGACACAUAAGCUCUUUUUGUUUAUUUUGGGAGUUGAAAAUAGGCGCUGUCAACAUUUAAAUUAUAGCCUAAUACCUAGACAAGACUUCAUUUUAAACAACAAAUAACUCUUUUACUGGUGAUUGAUUUAUACAAAUAUAGUAGCUCUAUGCUAGAAUGUGAUAUAAUAUUGUAUUUCUUUCCUAACCAUUUCAUCAUUUUCAAUGAAAAGCUUUUUUUUUUUUAAAAGUAUUGGCACAAAGCCCAUCAAUGGGCAUUAAGAAUGCAAACUGUUACUGUCCUUAAAUGCCAUCAACUCUUGGCUGCCUUAUAGCUUUUGUGGAAUUUCAUGAGUAACAUAUUCUGUUGGGUUUCCCUGAUAUACAUCUUUCUUAAAAAAGACAAAAACUAUGUAAUGAUUCUUCAUUUGUGUGCUGGAAAGUAAUCUUCAUCAGUUCUGCACAACAGCAGAUGUAGUAUUUCUUUUAGAUGCAGUUUGAUUUAUCAAAUUAAUGUGCAGAUGACAAGACUGGCUUUGACUUUGUUACUCUGUGUUCAGCUAAUUUGGAUUUGUGGGAUUAAUUUUUUUUUUUUUGUAAGAUAUGAAGAUAUUAUUUAUGCAAGAAUUACUCUUAGAAAUAAAAAUUGGCAUAUAGCCAAGGUUCCCUUUCCAC